GUCCCUCCCGCCCCGUACUUAAAGCGGCGGCGGCGGGCGCUGCUCGCGCUCGCGCCCUGACCGUGUCACCCCACAGAGCAUGGCCCCGACGUGCCUGCAGCCCCUGCUGAGGUACCGCUUCUUCGCCAUCCUCUUCCUCACGCCGCUGCUGCUGCUGCCGCUGCCCUUCGUCGUGCCCACGAAGGAGGCCAGAUGUGCAUAUAUCAUCAUCAUCAUGGCUGUGUACUGGUGCACUGAAGUGAUCCCCCUGUCUGUCACCUCCCUCAUGCCAGUGGUAUUUUUCCCUCUGCUUGGAGUUCAGACCUCUAAAAAAGUAAGGAACUUGUGCAGUCCAGGUCUGAUACAGAGAAAUCCAGUGCUCUAAUCCCUCAUCAAUAUUUAGCCAACAAGUCUGUAUUAUAUGGGAAGUUGCUGAAGUACGUACACAUUUGCCCAAAGUGUUAACAGUGGGGGGCUUGAGGUGGUAGAGGGGAGGAUCUGUUUUGGACAUGGGUCCUGCUGGAGAGCAUCCCACUAGUGCCAGCAGUUUGUGUGUUCCCAAGCACAAAGGGGAAGUGAAAGUAGAGCUGCCAGUCUUCUGGGAGAUGUCAAAAUGCAUGGGACAAACCUGUGGGAGUUUGUCCCGUAGUGCCGGCAGGUGUGCUGUUUGUGCUGGAGGCACAAGGCACCGGCUGUGUUCGGGAUCUGUAGCCCAGGUUCACCACUGCCCAGCAAGCCGGUAAAGGCAGGUUGCUGAUGCUGUUGAGAAAGCCCUUUUG